AUGAUGGUGCAUUGUGCCGGCUGCGAGCGGCCCAUCCUGGACCGGUUUCUGCUCAACGUCCUGGACCGCGCGUGGCACAUCAAGUGUGUUCAGUGUUGCGAGUGCAAAUGUAACCUCACCGAGAAGUGUUUCUCGCGGGAAGGGAAACUCUACUGCAAGAACGACUUCUUCAGGCGGUUUGGCACCAAAUGUGCUGGGUGUGCGCAAGGCAUCUCUCCCAGCGAUCUGGUUCGGAAGGCCCGAAGCAAAGUAUUUCACCUCAACUGCUUCACCUGCAUGGUCUGCAACAAGCAACUGUCUACGGGCGAGGAACUCUAUAUUAUAGAUGAGAACAAAUUUGUUUGCAAAGAGGACUAUUUGAACUCGCCCAGUGUCAAGGAAGGCAGCCUCAACUCAGUGUCAUCGUGUACGGACCGAAGUUUGUCCCCAGACCUCCAGGACCCUCUCCAAGACGACCCCAAAGAGACAGACAACUCGACGUCGUCCGACAAGGAGACCACAAACAACGAGAACGAGGAACAGAACUCCGGCACCAAGAGACGGGGGCCGCGCACCACCAUCAAGGCCAAGCAGCUGGAAACGCUCAAGGCCGCCUUCGCCGCCACACCCAAGCCCACGCGCCACAUCCGCGAGCAGCUGGCACAAGAGACCGGCCUCAACAUGCGGGUCAUCCAGGUCUGGUUCCAGAACCGUCGGUCCAAGGAACGCAGGAUGAAGCAGCUGAGCGCUCUUGGUGCGCGGAGACACGCUUUCUUCAGGAGUCCGAGGCGCAUGCGCCCACUGGGUGGCCGACUGGAUGAAUCGGAGAUGCUGGGGUCCACCCCCUACACUUACUAUGGAGAUUACCAAGGAGACUACUACGGCCCUGGAGGGAACUACGACUUCUUCCCGCACGCCCCGCCCUCACAGGCGCAGUCGCCCGCGGACUCCAGCUACUUACCGAACUCAGGGCCCGGCUCCACCCCGCUGGGGCCCCUGGAGCCUCCCCUCCCAGGGCACCACUCUUCAGAAAACCAAAGGUACACGGAUAUGAUCUCGCACCCGGACACGCCGAGCCCCGAGCCGGGCAUGACUGGCUCCCUGCACCCCAUCCCGGGCGAGGUGUUCACCGGGGGCCCCAGCCCACCGUUCUCUAUGUCCAGCACUAGUGGUUACAACGGGCCACUGUCACAUCCCAACCAGGAGCUGAACGAGGCCGCCGUGUGGUAA